UCAGAGAAAUUGUCAAAAUUCAAUAUUUUGUAAUGGAAAUGGAUCUUCUUAAUCUAACGUUAUAUUGAACUAUUUUUAGGACUUUGUCAAAGACUCUUGAACAACUUUAGUACUACUGCUGUAGUAGAUUGCUUUAGGUUAUUCAUAAUAUAGUUGCAAGAUGAAUUGCGCUCAGCAACUGAAUUUUUCGUCCUAUAUUAAGAAAUGGCGCAAGUAGUAGCAGUCUUUUGAAUUGAAACACAAACCAAGUCAGUUAUAAGAAAGACAGGAGAUUGUCAAAUGAAAGUAUUGAAAAAUACUAUGUGGGGAAGCAAGCAAGAGGGUGAUCUUGGAGAAUAUAUAUACAUAUCACUUCAAGUUUGUUAUCAAAUUGCUUAGGAUUAAAAAAGAUUUAUGAAAAUGGAAAGUUUUCCCCAAGAAAGCUAGUAAAUAGGCAUAAAGUCUGAAGUCCUAGACUCGAUGAUACCUCUGGGAACAUUUGAGUUACUCCACUCAUCCACAAGCAUCGAUGAUAAUGUAAGAAGCUUCUCAUACCGUACUUUCACAAUUGCAACUUUUUUCUAUUCUGGUAAAGCUUGUAGCCUCAAAACAUCAUCGCCAGUAUCAGCAAUUAUCGGUAUGGGCAGUAAUAAUCCAACGGAGUCUUUUCGCAUUCCAAAAAGGAACUAUAGAGAUAACAACGACGACUUGAAGGCAAAAAUGGCGUUUGAAAACAGUCAAGUAGAGACAGAUGGAGCUCAAGGAGAAGGUGGCCUUGAGAGACUUGCUCGCAGCCUGGAGAAAUGUGAACAUAUCGCCACGGAAGGAGUAGAUACAGAGACUCAAAGCUUAGUGGAGAACAGAAGACAUGAAAAACAUUCUCACGGUGAAAAUAUGUUAAAGGAUGAUAGAGAACGUAAGCGACACAGGCGAAGUUCACAGUGGGACGUUCGUAAGCUCCCCUGGGAGCAAAGUGAGAGAGACCCCAAUGUAAAUCGAUCUGCUUACUCGGUCGGUGGUCUUGAUUUUAGCGCUUUGUCUCAAUAUAUGAUUCCGGUGGCUCCAACAACGCAGCCAAAUACCCAGCAGGCAACAAAACAUGCUCGACGACUAUAUGUUGGCAACUUGCCCUCCGACGUUACAGAGUCCGAAGUGGCGGAUUUUUUUAACUCUGCUUUGUACUUAGCAAAGGGAGUGGACGUGCCUGGAGAUCCUGUUCAAUCUGUCUAUUUGAACCUGGACAAAAGGUUUGCAUUUAUUGAACUCAACUCCGCUGCUGAAGCUGCGGCUGCAAUUCAGAUGGACGGAGUUUUGUUUCGAGGAAUGAGUCUGCGUAUGAGGCGACCAAACGACUACAAUCCAAAUAUACAUGCACCUGUAUACCCCCCGGUGUGUCAACUCUUAACUUGUUUUCUUGGAUAUAUUGAAAAAUUUCAGAUUGGUUUUGAUCCCUCUGCAUUAGGAGUUGUAUCUACUCAAGUGCCAGACGGUCCGGACAAGGUUUUCAUUGGUGGACUACCUUAUCAUCUGACAGAAGAUCAAAUCAAAGAAAUUUUAUCGAGUUAUGGUCCUUUGAAUGCCUUUAAUCUUGUCAAAGAUCCUAACACAGGCCUUAGCAAGGGUUAUGCAUUUUUCCAAUACAAAGAUCCAAGUAUUGUCGAGGCAGCAAUCAAAGGUCUCAAUGGAAUGACAAUGGGUGAUAAAACUCUCACUGUUCGAAGAGCUUCGCAGGUUUCUAGCGGCAGUGUUGAACUUGGACAGUCGUUUUCACCCACAGUUCGCUACCCUACAAGAAUACUAGAACUUCGAAAUAUGGUGGAGCCGGAGGAGCUCGUGGACGACGAAGAAUACGAAGACAUCAUUGAAGAUGUCCGGGAGGAAAGCUCAAAGUAUGGUGAAGUGACAGAAGUAAAGAUACCGAGACCCUCAAAAACUGAUGAAGCCAAUCCACCUGGUCUUGGGAAAGUCUUCGUAUCCUUCAAAACGGUUUCUGAUGCUGAAAAGGCCUUUGCAGCUUUGACAGGACGAAGGUUUGGUGGUAAAUCAGUAAUCGCGAACUAUUAUGACGAGGAACGUUACUAUUCUGGUAUUUUAUAGUUUAGUCCGAAUAUGGACAAAAGGAGCUGUCUUAAGUUUAGUAAAAUACGGGAGACUUUAAAUACUGUCAAAGAAACUGGUUGAAUGAGUAAAUCUUUUCUUUAGAGA